CACAGCCGAUCCCCAGCCCCCGGCAGCCUCCGCAGUGAGAAACCACUCCUGCCGUCCCCAGAGGUGUGCUCGGCACGGAGCUCCCGGUGUCAGCCCUCCCACUGCCUGCCCAUGGCCGAGGAGAAGACGUUUCGCUAUGGGUUCAUCAUGCUGGGCUUCUUCCUGGUGAUGACGGGGAUGUUCAUCAUGAGCGUGGAGAAGCCCCAGAUCUACGCCACCUUCUGUGCUGGGGGCAUCCUGCUCAUCGCCGUGGGCGUCACAUGGAGCAUGUGCCAGUGCUACCCCAGGGUGACAUUUGUCCCUGUGCAGCCCGAGGCUGAGAAUUUUCCAGAUCACAAAGCCACGCUGCUGCCGGAGAAGGGCAACCUGGAGACACUCAGCCUGCAGGAUCCCUACAGCAGUGCCUUCGAGAAGAGCCUCCCCUCCUACGAGCAGGUCCAGGCAUCAGCACAGCCCCGGCCCCGCAGCUGCUCACAGGCACUGCUGCAGGCAAAGGCAGAGGUGCACCAAGAGUCGGGGGGACCCCAAGAACCCCCCCAGGAGGCAGCCCCGCAGCUGGAGCCUGGCAGCUGCCCCUCCCAGCCGCCCCUAGGCCCUGCACCACUGGUGUCCCUCCUGGAGGACAUGGACACGGCCUCACUGGAAAGCUCUGUGCCUGACAGCCCCUCAUCACCCCAAGGCUGCUCUGGACAGGGAGAGCACCCCGGCUCCCCACGAAAAGCCAGCAGGAAGGUGAAUGAUCUCUACUAUGGGCUGGGAGAGGGGUCAGACAUUCUGCUCGAGGACAGCGACCACCUCUUUGAGCCUGAAAAAUGAUGUCCCCAUGGGGACUGUUGCUGCAUGGAGGGGACACCCAAAGUGCAGUCCUGGCACCAUGGAAGCACUGGGAUGGGCACAGGGAAGCCCAAAUGCCAGCGACAAGGAUGUGCCGGGAAGCAGCCGGGCUGUGCCGGGCUGUGUAGGUAAGCAGCAGUGCUCCAAUCCCAUGGGUUGUGUAGGGAUGAGAUGUCAGCAGUUUUUCUAUUUAUCAAAGCCUCCCUGGAAUUAAAGCUGGAUUCUGAGA